CGUAAAUCUAAAUAUCCAGCAAAUAAUGGAUCGACUGCUAGAUGUAAACGAUCAUUUUCAUCUUUUUCUUGAUUUUUCCAUAAUUGUAACCAUCCCCGAAACAGGAACAGCAAAAUGUUAACUUCGCUCUUUUUUCUAAAUGUCCGCCUGAUUGUUUACUGUGUCCGUUCUAUCCGAUCGACUUCGAAAUUUGACCAUAGAUAUUCAAGAAUGAUCUCUACGUGUUACUUUUCGUUUUCCAGUUACAGAAUUUUUUUCAGUCUUUUUCUUCUGGCUCGGAAAGGAAAAAUAAUAGAACAAAAGUAAUAAAUGUACACUUGAAAAGUAUUGUCUAGUAUUUCUGAUAAAAUUUUAAAGUCGAUCAGAUCAAGCUAUCAUAGGAUCGCAAUGGAACGAUUUAGAAAUCUCAAUAGCUAGAAACGUACGACACAAACGAAAAGAUGCUCGAUGAAGUUUUCUAUUCUUCGUGAAAAGAAGACUUUUAGUGUAUGUUUGACAAUAUUUGCACGGAAACACUUAAAAGGGGCCGACGACCUCUUAAAGUGGUAAUGAAUUAAAUGUAUAAUUUGUUUUGUUUCUAUCUCGGUUAAGAAAGUAGACCGAAAACUCCUAUUUGAAGCAUAAGCCGAGUACUAUCUAUAGCUCCACGGAUAGGUGCAAGAAUAAGUGUCGAAGUUUUUAAUAGAACAAAUACGUUCGUAUAGUUUCUGUUUACAUUAACGACAUUUUAUUGCAUCGAAUAUUAGUGACAUUUCUUGUAUUGGUACAACUACACAGUAGAUUACGAAUGAAAUCUAUUUAGCCCUUUUUCUUAUCGAAGUAUAGCUAAGCUCAAAAAUCGGUAGUUUAUGAAAAGUUUUGCAGAUCGAAAUUUUGUCAUCCGAUAAAAUAUGAGCUUUUAUCAAUGGAAAUAUAAACAAAACAAAAUACAUUUUUUAUUAGCUGUUUUUCAAAGCUUUCCGGGAGACGUUUGUCAGUUUUGAAGGGAAAGUUUUUUUUAUAAAUCUUUUCAAGUAUAGUAUCUCUACUAACUGUGAACAUUUGAGUGAGAAGUUCAAUUGAAUAGUCUAUGAAAGAAACGUCUGUCUUCUCCAUACACUAACUAAUUAAAAAAGAUCUUUUUUCACGUUUAGAUUUGCUCAAGAUUGUCUACUAUCAUGUGGUGUUGUUCUUGUUUACAAUGUUAAAGAAUGUGUUAUGCAACGGCUAUCUCGAUGUUUAAAUACUCAAAUUUUAACAUCAAUUGAUACAAGAACGCCUCUACAUUUACGACCACCACUUGGAACAUGUGAUUAUUUCAAAAUUCAAGAAUAUGAAUUAGAAGAUAAACGAAAAAAACGAUUAAUGUUUUUUGGUGGAUGUCAUCAACAAGAAUUAUGUUGUACAGUAUUGAUUCGUGGUGGAACAGAACAAGAAUUGAGAGUUGUUAAAUCAGUGAUGAAAUUAUUUCUUCUAAUUACGUAUAGUGCAGCAUUGGAACAAGCAUUUUUAAACGAUUGUCACGCCUAUCCAAUAACAAAUGAUUUAUCAUUGAUUCGUCGUUUUGAUCUUGAUCAAUAUAUUCAAUCAACAAUUGACUCUCCCAUUAAUAAUUCUCGUACAUCAAUUUGUCAAUUACUAUCAGAUGGUUUUCUAUUAUCCACCACUCCUCUGAUCAAAUAUCCUCAUCCUUAUAUUCUUUCAACAUCACUUGUCACGUUACUUCCUCAUGAUCUUUAUAAACAAAUAUUUAAUCAAAAAGUAUUAGCAAAGAUAAAAGUAGCUCAACAACAAGAAUCAGAUGAAAAGAGUGAUCAUAUUCAAUGGUAUUAUAAUUCUCCCUAUAAUUCAGAAUUAGUCUCAAUUCAAGAUAAACAUCCAUUUAUUAAAGAUAUACAAUCGGUACCAAAUCAAAAUCAACAAACAAAGAGUGUUUAUGCUCAUUAUCGUGCAUGUGGUGGUCGUGUUCGUUAUCGUCAUCGUCGAUGGUGGGAAUGGUUACAAUUAUGGAAAAAUCAAGAAAAAGAUGAAAAUGAUCGUUUACAUCUAGCAGUCGAUCCAUUAUUUGCUGGAUAUUUAGAUUUACGAAGUCAUUUGUAUAUUGCCAUUUUAUAUAGUGCUCAUUGUUCUACAUUACAAACCAAACAGAUUACAUGUAGACAACCAGAUAUUCUUGAAUUACCAGCUUAUUCUAUACAUGAUACAACAUUGGGUAAGUUUUAA